AUGGAUGGUGUAAUGGAGGCUGAUUUGGUGGAGGCACUGCAGGAGUUUGGGCCCAUCAGUAGUUACGUUGUGGUGAUGCCGAAGAAGAGACAGGCACUAGUUGAAUUUGAAGACUUAAAUGGAGCGUGUAAUGCUGUAAACUAUGCCUCAGAUAAUCAAAUUUAUAUUGCUGGACAUCCAUCUUUUGUUAACUAUUCCACAAGUCAGAAGAUUUCUCGUCCCGGAGACUCCGAUGACUCUCGAAGUGUAAACAGUGUGCUGUUGCUUACAGUUAUGAAUCCGAUUUAUCCCAUUACAACGGAUGUUCUUUACACCAUCUGCAACCCCUGCGGACCAGUGCAGAGAGUUGUCAUUUUCAGGAAGAAUGGUGUCCAGGCCAUGGUUGAAUUUGAUUCUGUUCAAAGUGCACAGAGGGCAAAAGCCUCUCUUAAUGGAGCUGAUCUAUACUCUGGGUGCUGCACCCUUAAGAUUGAAUAUGCUAAGCCAACGCGUUUGAAUGUAUUUAAGAAUGACCAAGACACAUGGAGCUACACCAAUCCAAAUCUCAGUGGUCAAGAGAUGAACUCAAACCCAAACAAAAGGCAAAGACAGCCAGCUCUUUUGGGUGACCACCCUCCAGAAUAUGCAGGUGGCCCUCAAGGAAGUUACCAUGGGCAUUAUGAUGACAAUUAUGGCCCUCACCCACCCCCUCAUUAUGAAAGUCGUAGAAUGGGUCCCCCUAUGGGAGGACCACGCAGAGCUCAUAGCCAGCGUUAUGGGGGUCCACAGUAUGGUCAUCCUCCUCCACCUCCACCACCACCUCCAGAGUAUAGUCCUCAUGCUGACAGCCCUGUACUCAUGGUGUAUGGCUUAGAGCCAAGCAAGGUGAAUGAAGAUUGGGUCUUCAAUAUCUUUUGCCUGUAUGGUAAUGUUGAAAGGGUAAAGUUCAUGAAGAGCAAACCUGGUGCUGCCAUGGUUGAAAUGGGAGAUUGCUUUGCUGUUGACCGUGCAAUCACACAUCUCAACAAUACUUUCUUAUUUGGUCAGAAGCUUAAUGUCUGUGUUUCGAAGCAGCAGGCAAUCAUGCCAGGUCAGUCAUACGAGUUAGAGGAUGGGAGCAACAGUUUUAAAGACUUUCAUGGGUCGCGGAACAACCGCUUCACCGCUAUGACCAGUGCGGAAACCAGACUGGAAUUUCUCGAAAAAAUUGUGAUGCGUGAGGUGUGA